AUGAACCCCAAUUGGAUGUCAUUACUGUCACCUGCUUCAAUAUCACUUUUUAAAGAUGAAUGGACAGAGCCCCUUCAAACUCCGCUUGUUACUUCACGGGAAGUGCCGCUAGAAGCUUAUUCUUCGUGGAGUGAUUUGAAAGAAGCUGUUUUAGACGAAGACGAGUACGAAGAAGACGUUGUGUUGACUUCUCAAGAAGUCAACGUCCCGCCGUCAGCAACUUAUGGGUGCAAACCCGCAAGAGAAGAGUCUGGAGUAAUACAAUGUAAUUCAUGUUCGAAAAAACUAUUCGCUAGUGGUUUUGUAGAGCAUACUGAAAAUUGUGUGAAGAUAAUGGCAAUGUCCUCGAGAUCCACAAAGAAAAUGCCUGUAGAUGAAAUACCUGUAAAUAAAAACAUGAAAAACAUAGAAAGCAUAGCAAACGCAUAUGUUCCAAAUAAAAAACGUAAACGAUCCGUUACUUCUGAGGGUCCCAUUGACUUGGAUAAACAAUGUGGGGUAGUUGAACAUACUGGUACGCAGUGUUCACGUUCAUUGACUUGUAAAAGUCAUUCUAUGGCCUUGAAACGAGCAGUUCAGGGUCGUUCACAACCAUUUAACACAUUGCUCUCUCAGUAUCCGAAGAAAUCAAUUGGUCGCCCACAAAAUAAUGGCGUGCCAGAUAACAAACCAGAAAAUAGCAAGAAAGAUGGAAGCAUUGUAGAAGUCGAUGAAAAAGAAGAUGGAAUUGUUGAUUCAGACGAAGAAGUUGAUGCUGUCAUGGAAGCCAUCAUGUGUAGCAAACCACAGCCGCUUGUUACUCGGCCGGAAUCUUACGUUCCACCUACAAUAGCCGAGUGUAUUCAAAAUCGUGUAGCAGAUAUUGCAGGAAUUGACGAAACUGUUUAG